GCGGGUGUGUGAGGCGUGUUCUCAGCAGGCCAGACCUCGGGUGCGGUGGCUGCGGGCGAGCUGUGUGUAGGCGAUGUAGAAAAGUGGGCGUGGGGGUGGUCCUGUGCAGGAUGCAGUGCCAGGGGGGUAUUCUGAGGAGGGGUGUGGACGUAGCCAGGAGCGCAGUGUGUGUGCAGAGGGGGAGAAGGGGUGUUCACGGGGGCUGCUGCGGCUGCUCUUCUUUCUUGCAAACAGGGUGGCAGGUAUCUCGCUACGUGUGCUCUGUGCUCUCGCUCUGUUCUCUCGCUCUGUGCUCUCGCUUUGUGCUCUAUGCUCUCUGGUUCUUUGCCUUUUGGCUCUGUCUGACUGAACGACGGACAAUUGUGCUGCGCUGCUGCUGGGUACGACGGGGGCCCUGCGGAAACAAGUGCUGUGCCGGGGUGUCGGUCGAACGGUGCUCCUUCUGCUGUCCAUCCCUAUCCCGCCCCCCUGCACCGCUCCUGCCACCGCACGCCAUCUUUACUGCCGUCUCUCUCUCGCUGUCUCUCUCUGUCCGUCCGUCUCUCCCACCCUCACCUCCCCCUCUCCCGCUAUCUUCACCGCCCGCCGGAGCGGGGGCAAACCCGGGGGAAAAAAGGCUCUGGGCCGAUCGGCUCAAAAUGCUCAGCGAUUUCUGCAGAUGCUCAGCGAUUUCUGCAGAUGCUCAGCGGUUCUCGGUCGCCCCGUCAGGCUUCCGCAUUCGGAACGGCGGCUGCCCCUUUCGGGGUCGGGCUCGGUCUUCUCGCCGGCGGGGUAUAAAAGGCGAGCAAUUUCCCGGUUCUGACUUCUCUCCGCUCGGCAGCGGCGAUAGAAGCGGCGCGAAUUGUCUUUUUCACGUUUACUGUGGUGUCUAAAAAUUUUCGUUUUUUUCAUGUUUUUUUUUUCAUUUUUUUUCAUUUUUUUAAUUUUUUUUCAUUUUCUCGUUUUCUCCCGCUACCGCUACCGCAACCGCAACAUGAUUUCCUGGUCUGGCACCUGGAACCGUACGGCCUCUUAACCCCAGUAUCUCUCUCUGCGCUUCUUCUCCCUCUCUACACGCUUGUUUCCACUUGGGUAGCCUUGUCGUCCUGACACCAGUCUUGGAUCUUCGCCCUUUCUCCCGUCGUAGGACACCAGCACUAACUUCGCUUAGCCUCCGUCCCCCUCACCCCGGUCCUUCGCCACUCCAGUACACUACAGCC